CUUCUUCUUCUUCCACAAUUGUAGGUAAUUUUGAGGUGGUGGAAAAUCUCAUGUAGGAAUAAAUUUUGUGAAUCAGGACCUGGAGAAUGUAAAGAAUCCCUGGAGGAUUUUUUGGGUGAUUCAUCUCUUCAGAUUCAGAUUGCUAUAGUAUUUGGUGCCCAAGUUCUGGAACAUGUCCGCAAUCUGUGCCAAGGUAACUAUGACCUCCUGGAACGGCUUCCUGUCCCGUUGAUCCUGUACAUCAUUUCCUUUCUGGAGCUUGAAGACAUUGCCAGGCUUUCUCAAGUUUCACGCAGAUAUAACAUGAUAUGUAACGGUAAUGCAGUAUGGGAAAAGAUUGUGGAAAAAUUGUGUGAUACAAUUACACCUGAAAUGAAAGAACGUGGACAGGAAAUGGGCUGGAAACAAUUCUUCUUCACAAACAGACUUCAGCUGCAGCUCCGAAGGAAGAGCCAGAAACAAGAUGCUCUGAACAAAAACCUAAAGGAAUGA